GGAAGGUGGACUUUUGUGGACUUGGAGCUUCCCAUUCUACUGGGAUUCUUUUUAAGACUACAUUUUUGCUGCACAGAAGAGGAGGAGGAUGGUGGUGAUGAUGAAGAGGAGCUGUCAGAGGACGAGUCCAUUGGAGCGCCAUGCAGAACCUUGAGCCCCCAUGGAGACAUGGCACAGCGGUUCCUCUCGUCCGCCUUCAUGUUGACCGUCUCGCUGUCGUGCACCUACCUGUGCUACAGUAUCAUCUUCGGCCGCACCAGCGUCAUCUCGGGCCGGGCGUACGAGGGCAGCCGAUGCCCGCCGAGCCCCAACGCGGCCGGGAAGAAACUUCUCGCCCAGUCGGAGCACUGUGCCCGGCUGCGGGGGGUCCACGCCACAUCCGCCGCCGAAGCACAGCCCGGUAUUGUCGGCUCUCCCCCUCCUUCGACUCGCUGGGUGAAAAAUUCGAGUUCAACGCAAAGGUACGGGAAUAAAAAACUCCCCAGUGUCUUAAUAGUGGGAGUGAAGAAAGGAGGAACCAGGGCGGUGCUGGAGUUCAUUCGGAUCCAUCCAGAUGUGCGCGCUCUCGGGACCGAGCCUCAUUUUUUCGACCGGAACUACGACCGAGGAUUGGGCUGGUACAGGGGCCUCAUGCCACGAACACUGGAGGGUCAGAUCACGCUGGAGAAGACCCCAAGCUACUUUGUCACCAGAGAGGCACCACGCCGGAUCUCCAGUAUGUCCCAACAGAUCAAGCUAAUCGUCGUGGUACGCAACCCCGUCACCCGGGCCAUCUCGGACUAUACGCAGACUUUGUCGAAGAAGCCCGACAUCCCCACCUUUGAGGAGCUGGCCUUCAAGAACAGAAGUCUGGGCGUAGUGGACACCUCGUGGAACGCCAUCCGCAUCGGUAUGUACAUUCUGCACCUGGAGAACUGGCUGCGCUACUUCCGCCUAUCGCAGAUGCACUUUGUGAGCGGCGAGCGGCUCAUCACGGACCCAGCUGGCGAGAUGGGCCGCAUUCAGGACUUCCUGGGACUCAAGCGGAUCAUCUCAGAUAAGCACUUUUACUUCAACAGGACCAAGGGCUUCCCGUGUCUGAAGAAGCCGGAAAGCAGCGGGCAGCCUCGCUGCUUAGGGAAGUCUAAGGGCAGGACUCAUGUGCAAAUAGAACGGGAAGUCAUCGAGCAGCUGCAGGAGUUUUAUAGACCCUUUAACGUCAAAUUCUUUGAAACGGUCGGGCAGGAUUUCAAGUGGGAUUGAACAGGAACUUGUAGAUGGGCAAGACCUAAUACAUUGCCUUGAAAACCCUAAAAAUUUAUAAAGGCUGCUCCACAAACUGAGCUUAAAGUAUCCUAAUAGUAUUUACAGGAGAUACAGUUAUGAGACAUUAAUAUGUCGUGCACAAGCAGGAAGAAUUUCAAAUACAUUGCCCUGAAAUCUUUAUGGACAAAAUGAAUGAUUGAUUUCAUACAGUAUAUGUAUGCUUUUAUGUACCGUAAUUUUUGGACUAUAAGCCUGCGGUUUCUAGUCCAGUGAGGCUUAUUUGUUGAUUUAUUUGGGUUUAUAGGUAACACUUUAUUUAACAGCAGUGUCAUAAGACUGUAAUAUGACCGUCAUAAUCGUGACAUGACAAUAUCAUGGGCAUUACUGAAUGCAUAUGACAGAUGUCAUUAAAUGUCAUCCAGCAAAUUAUGUCACUAACUCCAUUUAUGGCCAGCUCGGAUCUUUUGCAUCCAUUCAAAAGUGAGAUAAUUUGCCAGAUAACACUAAAUGACAUCUGUCAUCAUAAUUAUGUCGUCAUAAUUAUGACAUGACACUGUCAUAAGCAUUUAUUCAUGCUUAUGACAGUGUCAUGUCAUAAUUAUGAUUGUCUAAUGACAGUUUUAUGACACCACUGUCAAAUAAAAUGUUACCAACUGCCAUAAUUAGCAAUGAAUGAAACAACAGGAAGAGUAAUUGAAGAAUAAUUAGCACAGAACAUUCAUUUUGAUAUUUACAUUUGUAGCGCUGCAAUGCAUGCCAGGAGGCAUGUUUGACAACAACAGUGUUGCAACAGCAGGUGGCAGCAGAGGUUGAAUGUCUCUCCCAAGGGAGCAGUGAUGCCAAAUGAAGAUUCUUGAAGUACAGAAGCUUUGCAACAAAUUGGUUUGAAGUAGGGCUGUCAAACGAUUAAAAUUUUUAAUCGAGUUAAUUACAGCUUAAAAAUUAAUUAAUCGCAAUUAAUCGCAAUUCAAACCAUCUAUAAAAUAUGCCAUAUUUUUCUAUAAAUUAUAUAUAUAUAUUCUGUAAAAUAAAUUGUUGGAAUGGAAAGAUAAGACACAAGAUGGAUAUAUACAUUCAACAUAUGGUACAUAAGGACUGUAGUGGGCAUUUCACUCUACUGUCAUUUAAAUCUGUCUAUGCUGUCCUCACAAGCGUCUACUUUUUCCAAAGCUAGACAGCUAGUGAACGACGCCUUAAUAAUCAGACUUCUUCCUUUUUCAUCUGAUUUACAAAUAAAAUGGCCUCAAACCAUUGUCCUCUUUAGACCGUCGUAAAACUACAAAAAAAAAAAUUACACAAGCAUUGCAUUAGCAACAACGUUAGCUUAGCACGCUAUACAGGCUCAGUAAACAUAAAAAAAAGCGUCUCAUACAAAAAAUAUAACAUUUCGCUUACUAACAUAAUAUGUACAUUCUUUACAACAACCAUACUUACAGACAAAUCUUGUCCAAGGAUCAUAUAAGCACAACAUUACAACAUAGGCGUCAGCCCGAGACGUCGUGCAGCCAUAUUGAACUGGCAAGAAAACAAUAAACCAUGUCGCAAAGCGACCACAAGAGUUCGCUGUUAGACAGCACAAAAAGCCUUGCUGUAAAACUUACCAAAAGGCAGAAUACUGUCUGAGCGGGCCAUGUGCGUUAAUUGCGUCAAAUAUUUUAACGUGAUUAAUUUAAAGAAUUAAUUACCGCGCGUUAACGCGAUAAUUUUGACAGCCCUAGUUUAAAGCUUAAUGGUGGUUCAUAUAGUCUAAUGACAGUUGAGUGAUGCCGCAGUCAAAUAAAGUGUUAAUAUAUUUUGGUGUGAAUACCCCAUAAUAGAGUGAGGACAACUGCAGCUUAUAGUCCAGUGCGGUUUAUCAAUGAGCAAAUGCUGUUUCCGUUUCAAAUUUGGUAGGUGACAGCUUAUCAUCAGGUACGCCUUAUAGUCCGAAAAUUACGGUACAAAAACUGUUAGGAACUUUGCUGUGGGAUUGAAUGUGUCACACAUAAACUGGAAGUGGUACACGUUUGAAUAUAAAUACUAAGCCCUGAAAUAUUCAUGAAAGAGAGAGGACAAAAUGAAUAUGAUCUCAUCCCAAAAACAGGAUAUGUACAGGAACAGAAAUUAAGCUUAACCCUUUAAGGGGCCCUCAUUUAAGAGUAAAUUAUGUAUUUAUUUAAUUAAUUAAAAAUAAAGAGAAUGACAGUACAUAUUCUUACUUAUUUUACCUUUUUAAAACAUUUAUAAUAUAAAUUGUUCAUUUAUGUAUUUAUUUAUUUUAAAAUGAUUAUCCUUUUAUGUUUUUUUCACUAAGAAAAUGGAAUGUUAAGAAAUGUUAUUAAUGUUUAAAAGUGUUAUUAACCAGAGUGUACAGUAUUUUAUUUUCAGUUUGGCUUUAUUAAAAAUGUUUUCGUUCAUAAUUCUAUGUAUUUCUUCAAGAAUAAACGCACAGUAUAUCAUUAUAUACUUAGAAUUGAGUCAUAUAGGCCACCUACGUAAUCCAACAUGUAAUGUCCACAUAUGUGGACGCCAGGUCUUCAUGAGAUUAUUUUUUAUAUGACCAACAUAGAACCUCUUGGUACCUCACGAUACGAUACGAUUUGCGAUACAAAGCUCACGAUAACGAUCUGACGAUAUGGCGAUACAACAAUUAUCGCUACGUUGGUCAGGAAAUCAUUCUAGGAUAUUCUACAAAACAACAACAACAAAAAAAAUCCAUUUGAACUGGGAGUGUGGCAGCGAAUGAACUCCUCCUAUUUCAAACGGGCCUAACCCACUUCUAUGUUCGUCAGUGGCAGCCAUUGCCAGGCAACAAGGUAAUUUUGGGCCAUUUCAGGAUAUUAUCUGUUGAUUUUCAGUCACUUCCUGUUGAUUUUGGGGCAUUUUACGGGUCACUUCCUGUUGAUUUUAGGUUACAGGACAGGAAGUUGCUGUUGAUUUCAGGUUACAGGACAGGAAGUGACCAAGGAAUCUCCCAAACAAAUAGGCAGUGACUCAAACUCAAAAGGAAGUGACCUGUAAAUGCCUUAAAAAUGAACAGAAAGUGUCCUGCAAAUGCCUGGAAAAUCGGAAAGAGUGACUGUGAACGCGUUUCGAAUGAACAAAUGAUUAUUUGCCUUUCCCAGUCUUAAUGGAUUGGGCGUUGAACGCCAUCAAUGGCAGCCAUUAACUGAGACACUAUCAUAGUGGAAGAUUUUAGUAGCAACUUAUUAGUGGUUUCUUUAAAAAAAAAAAAAAAAAUAGGAACCAACACCUUUUUAAUAACGAUAUCUCAAUUCUUGGCCUUGAGCGCAUCAAUAACCUUUUGGGAUGCAAUGCAUCACAAUAUAGCUCCAUUACGAAAUGUUGUCACACCCAUAAUAAGUAAUGGCCACUUGCCCAUAAAGCAGGUUUGUCCAAACUUUUUGCAAAGAGGGCCAGAUUUGGUGUUGUAAAAAUUUGGGGGGGGCGACCUUGGCUGACGUCCUUUACGUAGAAUGAUAUAUUUAAGCAAAUUUUAGCAAGCCAUUCUGUGUGUCACAUUUGCUUUAUGAUUAUUUUUAAUUAAUAAUUUCAACAAUCUCAAAACUAGCCUUUGUGGCGUUCUCCUUCAACUCUCGGGCUCUUGCGAAAUACUGCUGCUGUGAAAUUCAACUAGCUUCAAGUUGCUUCAAUUUCUCGCUACGCAUCUUCCCUGUAAUCUUGUUAUACAUGUCAGCGUGUCUUGUUUGGUAAUAUCGCCUCACGUUGAACUCUUUAAAAACAGCGACUGUCUCUUUGCAAAUGAGGCAGACAGUUGUUGCGUAUUUUAGUGAAAAAGUAGUCCAAUUUCCACCUAUCCUUGACGGGUCGGCUGUCGCAGUCAACGUUCUUUUUUUUGUGUUGAUUGUCACCAUUUUAGAAAAUUGGGAGUAAAGGGUCACACGUGGUAAUGUUGCUUAGAGUGCUGCUGCCUUUUAGUGGGUAAUUGAGGAGCAGCAUUUAGUGUGUAAGCAACGUCAAGUGCUGGUAGCAGUACUGCUGACCAAUUUAUUAAGUCUGUGUGCGGGCCAGACGUUAUUGAUUUUAAGAUAGGGGCCGGGGGUCGGAUGAGAUUUGACCACGGGCCGCAUUUGUUCUCCGGGCCGGACUUUGGACAUGUCUGCCAUUAAAGUUGUGACAUCACUCCAUUAAACUGAUCAGAAGCAAGUUUGCCAUUCUAUGAUCGCGCCAGCUAUUUCAGUCAUGUGGCAUCUUUAAAGCACCAUAAAAAAUGAAGUAUUUGACAGAGAGCGCUGCCCUCAACAUGACUCGAAAGCGCGGAUUUAAACCUCUCUCCCAGUUUUUAUUUUGCACUGAUUGACCAGGGAAAACUGGAGAUAUGAUCCUUUUAAUUUCAUAAUAGUAACUCUGAAGGAACUAUUCACUAUUCCAACUUGGAAAUCUUUUCUCCGCUAGAGGGCACUCAUGCUCUUUGGACAAAUAAUGCGUUAUUUCUGUCUUUUUUUUCUCUUGCCGGAAUUCAAUGAUGAUGACAGCUCCGAUCGGCCGCCUCAAAAUAAUACCAUUGUUUAAAAAUAAAAAAAAAAUCAAACAAAAAUAAACAGUUACUCAAAAUGUUACUUAUUACUUGAGUAUUCUUUUCACUGGAUACUUUUUUUUAGCUGUACUUGAGUACAUUUUUUUGGAUGACUACUUUUACUUUUACUUGAGUAAUAUUAUUUUGAAGUAACGC